GCACAACAGACGGGGCAUUCCACCAGACAAGACGCUAGCUGAGACAUUCACCACAAAUUACGCCGCAGGUUAACCUACCAAGACAUUUACUUAGCGUCUGACAACACAGUGAGCACGCUUAGUGUUGACCUGAGCUUGAAACUACUGCAUCAGUUUCGUCGUGAGGAGACAAUCAUAUUGGACUAACCGGCAGCCCUCCCUGUCUCUCAGACGACAUUAUUCUUCUCUCAGAGGACAACAUUCUUCCGCAAAGAGCUGAGAGAACGGAGCACAUCAAAUAUCUUACGAUAAACUUGACUUGAACUAGUCGAUACACAAGAGGAUCCAGAGUGUCGCCGACCUCUAUCUUGUCACGCUUAAUUACUAAUAGUCAUGGCUUCAAAAUCCGGCCAAUCAAUUAUCAAAGCACAGUAUCAUUUUAGACCAAAAGGACAACUUAAGUGUGAGGUCCACAAACAAAAUGACGUUAUCUUUUUAUGCCAGGACUGUAAAAUGUUAAUCUGUUCAAAGUGCUCUAUCACUCUCCACAAACAUCAUAUAGAUAGUUUUCUGGAGAUAUCUGACAUCAAAACACGACACAAUCAAAUACUCCAGGACUUUGUCAAUGAGACAGAAAAUGUAAAUAUUCCAAAACUAAACCAAGAAAUAAUUUCAUCUCGAACAAAAAAGAGUUCAUGUAAACCUAUGUACGAUAAACUUCGCAAAAAUAUCAUCGACAAUACUACAAAAUGUAAGUUAGAGUUAGACAAAAUCACUGAGGAUUAUAUCGCACUUUGUGACAAGAUGGAGGUGGCGGCCAUGGACCUAAUACAGACCCACAUCACAGACCUGGAGAGUAGACUGAAAACUUUGAGGGACCUCUCAUCAGAGUAUAAACAGACUCUCCAGACAGGAACCAGUGUACUCGUGUACGACUCGGUAACAGAAAUCCGGGAAAUGGAUCCAGACAUCCCACCGACACCUAACAUAGACAUGGCACAGUUUACUCCGGGUAUGGACAGACUAAGUCACCUAAAACAGGCCAUUGGGAACCUAAAACUACCUACUGACCAUCUCCAGGUAGGAUCGGCAACUAGUGGUCACUCCGACCAACGUCCAGUAGUCCGACCAAACCAGUCUACAGAUGCUGGUCAAGCGUCCACUGGAGAAGUCCGGUACAAACUUCGUGACCGUCCAACCGUCAUGUCCCACUUCUCAUACCCGGAUACCAUCUCAUCGAUCUGUCCUACAUCUGAUGGACGUGCGUGGCUGUGUGACUGUACCAACAAAGUAAAUCUCAUCGACAACCAAGGUCAGGUCAUACAGACGAUACGACACAACAGUAAGAUAGAGGACAUUAGUCUGGACCCCACCACAGGUCGUCUGUGGUUCUGUUGUUAUAGAGAUAAAACUAUCUGUAAAGUAUCUACACCAUCUACACCAGUCAUAAGAUUCACUACAGAGGAUGAGCCAUUCAGUCUGUGUGUGACCAGGGAGGGUCGGGUAGUGGUGGGUACAUGGGAUGAUAGACAGGGGCACAAGGUGGGGGUGUAUACAGUGGACGGUCAGGUGUUACAUACAGCCAUUGUGGAGGGGGCAGUACCGUCAAUAUCACGAUGUGGUGUUACAGGUAAUAUAGCUGUAGUAGUGGGUUAUAAACGUAUCAUUGUGUACAACUCAACACUCCAGCUCCUGGUCAACUACCGGAGGGAGGGGAUACAGGCCCGGGGGGAGGGGAUACAGGUACGGGGGUCGGUCACACCAGACGAGUUUGGUCCUUGUACAGUUGUAUAUGAUAGUAAGGGUAAUAUUGUUAUUGUUGACAGGACAAGGAACACAAUAGAACUGAUAAGUGGAGCAGGGAAGUACAUAAAAACACUUCACACAAACAAAGGACGACAGGGAGUAGUAGGUAUACAGAAGGGUGAUGUGUUGUGGUCACACUUAGUGUUAGAUACAGGAGAGCCGGGACUCAAACUCCUCAAGUAUUAUAGUGACUGAGUGACUCAACCUUGAGUGAGGAUACAGACAGUUUAUAUCAGUGGACUUAAACAACAUUAACUUUACAUUGUUAUAUCAUUAUACAUUUCUUAACAUGUCUGUACACGUUACAAACGGCAUGUAAUUAAUGUUCUUUAUCGUUAAUUUACUGCCCGUAUAAUUUAGUAAAUAUGUCCCUGUGGUCCAUGUUUCUCAAAACGAAGAAUGGGUUUACCCUUAAAUGUACGGUUAAUAUAAUUUAUAAACAUGUCCCUGUGAUACAUUUCAACUACUGUUUCUCAAUAUGUAGAAUGUGUUUACCGUUAAAUGUACUGCAAAUAUAAUUUUAUCAAUAUAUUAAGACAGCGGAAUUGUAACCACGUCACUGUGAUACAUUUCAACUACUGUAAUGAAAUCUGAAAUCAACAUCCCUGCAUGUUUUAUGUGUAUAACCUGACUCCCCCUACCUCCUCAAAUGGCUCGAAUUUAAUUGAUCCAGAGAAAGUUUUUUUAAGUUAACAUACACAGGUCACGUGACGUCAUCAGUAGUAUCACCAGUUCCACUCUAUGUAACGUGUAGUGUCUUUACGGUUUAUAUGUAAUAAAUAUUUCUUGAAUCGAUAA